AUGGCGUCGGCAAAUCAGAUGGGCGAAGGUACCCUGCCCUCAGUCUCCGAGUUGUUCUCUCUCCAGGGCAAAACAGCAAUCUGCACAGGCGGCACUGGGGGAUUGGGUUUGUCGAUGGCCAUUGCACUGGCAGAAGCAGGGGCGGAUAUCGUUUCGAUACAGAUGAAAGAUGACCCAAGAGCAUCGUUGUUGGAAGAAGGGGUCCAGACUUGUGGACGGAAGCUGUCUGUGUUCGAGGCUGAUGUCGCAGAUUCAGCAGGGUUGAGGGCUUGUUUCGCAAGGAUCUGGGCCAGCGGUAUUGUGCCCGACAUCCUGCUCAACUGUGCAGGCAUCAAUAGACGAUCCAAGGUGGAGGAUUUCACGGACGAGGACAUUGACGCGGUGUUCCAAAUCAAUCUCAAGGCGUCCUUCGUGGCAGCCCAGGAGGUGGGCCGGAAGUUGCUUGAGUUGAAACGGCCGGGCAAAAUCAUCAACAUUGCCUCAAUCAUCUCGUUUAUCGCGAACAUCAACAUCGCCGCAUACGCCUGCACUAAGGGCGGCGUGUUGCAGAUGACCAAGGCAAUGAGCAACGAGUGGGCCUCGAAGGGAAUCAAUGUCAACUGCAUCUGUCCUGGAUACAUCAAAACUGCAAUGACAAAGGUAUACACAGAUGAUCCCGAGUAUACCAGAUAUAUCAUUGGGAGGACGCCAGCUGAGAGGUGGGGACUUCCUGAAGAUUUCCGUGGAGCGAUCAUCUUUCUGGCGAGUAAAGCAAGUGACUUCGUCUGUGGGACGAGUAUUGUGGUCGAUGGAGGGUUGAUCGCGAAAUGA